CACUCCUGGCGGCACAUGGGACAGUGCUGCUGCACCUGCUGCGAGUUCAGCCACUUGAGGAUGCAGUGCAUGUGGAAGCAGUGCGAACACUGCCCCCACACCAACGGGCAGUCGUCGCCGGGAACCUUACCUGCGGCACGGACACAGCGUCAGCGCCGCGCAGCGCGCAGUGCCCGCUGCCGGCGCCGGUGCCGCACUCACAGUCGGGGCAGCAGCCGUUGAAGGCCAUCCGGCAGAUGCCGCAGUUCUCGUCGUUCGCCACCCACAGCCAGGACGCGACCCCGUGCCAGCUGCGCACGCGCACCCGCAUCUCCGGUGCCGGUGCCGGUGCCGCCGGAAGUGCCGCCCGCCCCACAGAGCGCCGCGCGCCCGCCGCGCCGCAGCCCCGCCCCUUCCGCUUCCGGCGCGGGCGCAGCGCGGCCGGAAGUGCGGGCGGGAGCGGUGCCGCCAUCAUGGCCGACAAGAUGGACAUGUCCCUGGACGACAUCAUUAAGCUCAACCGGAGCCAGCGCGGGGCCAGCCGGGGCGGCCGGGGCGGCCGGGGCCGGGGCGGCACCGCACGCGGGGGCGGGCCCGGCCGGGGCGGCGUUGGCGGCGGGCGCGCGGGCGGCGGCCCCGUGCGGAACCGGCCGGUGAUGGCCCGGGGCGGCGGCAGGAACCGUCCCGCGCCCUACAGCCGGCCGAAGCAACUCCCGGAGAAGUGGCAGCACGACCUGUUCGACAGCGGCUUCGGGGCGGGGGCCGGCGUGGAGACCGGCGGAAAGCUGCUCGUCUCCAACCUGGACUUCGGCGUUUCGGAUGCGGACAUCCAGGAGCUCUUUGCGGAGUUUGGGACCUUGAAGAAGGCAGCUGUGCACUAUGACAGAUCUGGCCGCAGCCUAGGGACGGCAGACGUGCAUUUCGAGAGGAAGGCUGAUGCACUGAAGGCCAUGAAGCAGUACAACGGGGUGCCCCUGGACGGGCGCCCCAUGAACAUCCAGCUGGUCACGUCACAGAUCGACACGCAGCGGAGACCAGCACAGAGCGUAAACAGAGGAGGCAUGACCAGGAACCACGGGGUCGCGGGGGGAUUUGGAGGAGGAGGCAACAGGCGAGGGACUCGUGGCGGGAACAGAGGGAGAGGCAGAGGAGCUGGAAGAACUUCCAAACAGCAGCUCUCUGCAGAAGAACUAGAUGCACAGCUGGAUGCUUACAAUGCCAGGAUGGACACCAGCUAAAGCGGCGGCAGCGGGCGCAGGGAAGGACUCCAGUCUUGCUCCACACUCCCGGCAGGGGCUGUGGCUACUACUACCGAGGAUGGGAUUUGUUUUACUUUUACGUUCUGGGAUAGGUUUUAACUCCUGUAAAGGUUUUUUUUAAUUCUCAGCAGACCUGUUUUGUACCGAGUUAUUUUUGGGAUAAAUUUUUCUGGUUGCCUGUUGGGCCAAGGUGGCUUUUUCACCUUUGCCGUAAUAAAAUAGAACCAUGUCUAGAG